AUGAGCUCCCACUCCCUCAAAUCUGGGACAUCGUCGAAACUUGGCCAGGCUUCAUUUCCUUCGGGAGCAACUACAAGUCAAAGCUUGCUUUUGGAAAAGGUCAACGCUCGAACGUCAACUCCAGAUUCGGAGGCACUGGCAAGCUCGGAUGACGAAGGAGAACACCGGAACGAAGCGUCUCAAGCCGCACCUGUUCAGCCUCACAAGCCAGUUCGCCGAUCUUCGUGGCUCAACGAUACCUCUCAGCCAUUAAAUCGCCCUCGCAAGGGUUCCUUCGCAAGUAGUUCCAUGUCCCCAACAGGAUCGCAUCCUAGCACUCCGUCGGCAGAGGCCGGUGGUGUUCCUUGGGGCUCGCAUUCCACCUCUUCGGCUAUUGGUCGCUCGACCAGCUCGUCGUCAGCUUUUGCUUGGGGGACUGGUAUUUGGAAUGCAGACCGAAAGGAUGCUUCUUCAAGGUUGAGCGAGGUCCUUCCAUCUCCAACCUCGACGAUCCCGCCAGGGGGAGGCAACAAUUCCUUCUUCGGACCCGACUCGGCGUUGAACCAAAUGUCACCAAACUCUAGAGACCCAACAUCGAACCCGCAAAUCCCAUUUGCUAUUCCGUUACACCCUACACCAAAGACCUACCGAUCACAGUCUUAUUCGGUUGGCCAAAUGGACCCCGAAACGGCACCACCAGGUGGAAUGAGCUCGUCUACUAUCCUGGGACGAGCCAGACACCCCGCUCUGCAACACCGGCCUUCUCGACCUAGCAUGCUGAGCGAGAUGGCAAACGACGGGUCAAUGCUCGGGAAGGUGAAGGAGGUUGAAGACGACGGCGAUGAGAGCCCGUCCGAUUCUCUACAAGGCUCUUAUCACCAGAUGUCCGAAUCCAAGGCCAUUGAAAUGCUCGCCCGUGAAAACGCUAUAUUGCGCCAACAGCAAUACAACAACGCUCGCAUCCGACCCCGGGCGUCUACCGGAGCAGCCUUCCUUGGAAAUGGAUACGAAACCGUCCCAGAGGAGUCGGACUUCGCGGUCGACGAACUAGACGAGGUCAAUGACUCAAUCGAUCCCCUUGGCAGGCGAGGAACUGGUCGGCGUAUGAGCGAGUAUGGUGCUAAUGCUUUCCGCACUCCUCUCGGUAUGGACAAUCGGAAACAAGAAAACUUGAAUCUGAAAAAGGCUGCCCUAUGGUCCAGCUCACCAGGUUUCUUUGGUGGGGACAUUUCUCAGAGCCGUCGCCAUUCAUUUGCCAAUAUGCCAACCCGACAAGGCUCAAUCAGCUCCAUAGCAGAUUCUGUAUCUGCUCUCGAUGCUGCCGGGCUAGGCGAGGGUCAAGUAUCUCAAGGCUUUCCCGCAGGGUUUGGCGAUGGUGCUACCCUAGCAGGCAUCAACAAUCCAAUGCUUGCCGGUUUACCAAAUACUAUGCAACCGACGUUCAGUAAUCCCUAUGCGCCUCACUUCGGUCUUCAGAGCCAAUUUACCAACCGCCCACCGUCGCCACAUCGCAAUGUUUUUGGUAUGGCGCAACCCAGACACAACCAGCUCCUUCACGUGGUGUUGUUCAAAUGUGCCAGAGCCGAUGUGUUCUAUAUUCAAGAGGGUACCGGCCUUACAGUUAAGCCGGGUGAUUUGGUCAUUGUCGAAGCAGAUCGUGGUACCGAUCUUGGCACAGUUGCUAAAGACAAUGUCGACUGGCAGUCGGCCAAGGAGCUGAAAGAGCAUUACGCCGAGGAGCACUAUAAGUGGCUCAUGAUGUACUCGCAGGGCGCCGCUGCGGCACAAGAAGGCUCGGGUGCCGGCCUGAUGGCGUCUUCUAGUAACCUCCAGAGCAGCGCUGUUGGUGGCAUGGGGCCGCCUAGUCAGCACCAUCUUCAGGAGCCAAACGCGGGAGAGCUUCGACCAAAGCUCAUAAAACGGCUCGCACAGAGCCACGAGGUCCACGCUCUGCGUGAAAAAGAGGGCCAGGAAGCCAAGGCCAAACGAGUAUGUAUGCAAAAGGUCAAAGAGCAUGGCCUUAAUAUGGAAAUUCUUGAUGCCGAGUUUCAGAUGGAUUGGAAGAAGCUCACAUUUUACUACUUUGCCGAUUCCUAUAUCAACUUCAAUUCUCUUGUUACAGAUCUCUUCAAGAUUUACAAAACCAGAAUUUGGAUGUCUGCAAUCAACCCAGCGUCUUUCGCCAGCCCAACUCUGGGUAUUCAAGCACCAAGCGGAAUCGGGCCUGGGGCCGUAGGGGUCGGACGUGCUUCCGCAGGCGAACGUCGGCAGAAUCCCCAAGGCCAAGAACAGCAACCACCGCAGACGUUUGGUCGUGGGUAUCGUCCAACAUUUGCGCAGCCGUUUGGUGGUGAUCGGAACGUUCCACCAGCAUCGGCAUAUCCACCGAACAACUACGCCUACGGUGGUGGUGCCUUCGGGAAUGCUCGCGCCUCUGCGCCGUAUGCACCUAGCUUAUCUCCAGGCGCAGAGGCAUUCUCUGCGGGAUUUGGUCAGCAAGGAGACUUUCAGUCUCUGCGCCAGCGAUACCCUGUGGCACAGAAUCUACCUAGUCCAGCGCCACACUCGACAGGCGUAUCUCCUAUCUCGCCACAAAAUGACUGGACUACUGCAUUCCAAAGUCUGUCUCUGAACACGCAUUGA